AUGAGCAGCACGUUUUUUAAGCAAUUAAACUCAGGCGACAGUUGGGCUCCUGGAGAAAGACGAACCAUGCAAGUGGACAGAUCACAGCGUUCAGUUUUCGUGGGAAACAUCUCGUAUGAGGUGCCAGAGGACACAAUCCGGCAGAUCUUUUCCAAAGUCGGGCAUGUUGUCCAUAUCAAAAUGGUCCAUGACCGUGAAACUGGCAAGCCCAAAGGCUAUGGCUUCAUCGAGUUCCUUGACGUGCAGACUGCUGAGCUUGCGAUCAGGAAUUUGAACGGAUAUGAGGUUAACGGUCGUCAACUUCGGGUGGACAGUGCUGCAGGAGGGGAUCGGAGUGCUGAUGAAAUUCAACAGCUGCAGGCCGCGUUAAGCGCGGCCCAGGUCGAAGAAAGUCCAUAUGGACCGGAGCCUGAAGAAGGCCGUGCUCCCGAGGCGAUUUCUCGCACAGUUGCUUCGCUCCCACCUGAGAAAAUGUUCGAACUGAUGAAACAGAUGAAGGAUGUCGUUCGUUCGAAUCCUAGUGAGGCAAAACAGAUGCUCGUACAAAAUCCACAGCUUGCUUAUGCGCUUCUUCAGGCGCAAGUGGUUAUGCGCAUAGUCGACCCGCAAGUGGCCAUCGCCAUGCUUCAUAGAGAACCUGCCGCUUCUACUGUGCCUUUCCACCAAGUUCCAUUUCCAGCGCAACCUAUGGCCCCUAUGCCUGCCGUCUCCCAACCUGCCUAUGGAGCUCCACCUCAACAGAUGUACGCACGUCCUGUACCACCACAGCCAGCUCCUCAGCCAGAAAUCACUCCAGAUGAGCAACAUAAUGCGGAGUUGUUGGUGCAAGUCAUGAGACUCACGGAAGCUGAAAUAGCCAUGCUACCUCCAGGUGAUAGGGAGAAAGUGAUUGAGUUGCGUAAUCAGUUACGGCAGAGCGUAUAA